AUGAAUAAGCUCAAAGGUAUGCAGAGUGGUCGACACCGAGUAAAAAGUCGAGUUGUAACUGUUUGUAUAGUUCUGACGAUAUUCAUUGUAUACCAGUUCUGCCCUAAAUUGGAUAUAGUACCUGUAAAAUAUCUACAUCAUGUUAAACAAGGUACAGAUAAUAAUGAAUCAUAUUUUGUUUUACAGGAGGUACACCGUCAUGGUGUUGGAAAAUACUACAAACAUCACCAAACUCUCGAGAUAUCAGAGACAGUAGCCGCCCAAGCAAACUUACUCUUUCAAAUGCAAGAAGCACAGUUGAUGAAGGAAUCCCAUGAUGGAGAAACUCUUUGGUCUACGAAUCCUCGUUAUAGGACUACUGACCCUUUCUCAUACAAAUUCAAGAUAAGUCAAGACAGUAAGGCUGUUCCCAGAAUGAAAAACCGGGAUCCAACGUAUCUAGAGUUUUUAGCUAGUGAUGUUGGCAGGCAAGUUAUACCCGAAUGGAUAGACGAGUUCAUAAGGGUUCCAAACAUCACCGAUAAGGAUUCUGUGAUCGGUCUUGCGCUUAUGUCGUCAAAUGCAUAUGUUGGAGUUCCGCAUACCGGAGAUUGGCGUAAUGUUACCCAACCUUGGGAUCAUAAAGAAACAGAUGGAUUUGGUUGGGACGGUGAAGGGUUAAGAGGUCACAUUUUCUAUAAUAGAAAAGAUGAUAUUGUUGUAAUUUCCAUAAAAGGUACCAGUGCACAGGGAAUUCCUGGAGCUGGUGAUGAUGAGACUACCACCAAUGAUAAAUUAAACGAUAAUCUGUUGUUUUCAUGCUGUUGUGCAAGAGUGAGUUACUUAUGGAAUACAGUGUGUGAUUGUUAUAUCAAAUCUAAUACAUGUGAUGAAUCCUGCCUGGAAAAAGAAAUAAGACAAAAAGAUCGUUAUUAUCAAGCUGUGAUAGAUAUAUAUGCGGAUGUUAUAGUACGAUACCCAACGGCAACUGUUUGGAUGACAGGACAUUCACUUGGUGGAGCUCUAGCCGCAUUAGUUGGAAGGACGUUCGGUCUUCCAGUCGUAACAUUUGAGGCACCAGGUGAAUUACUUGCCGCUAAGAGACUGCAUUUGCCAUUUCCUCCUGGUUUACCUCAAUACCAAGAUACCGUGUGGAAUUUCGGACACAGUGCAGAUCCCAUCUUUUUGGGAACUUGUAAUGGUGCUAGUUCAUCAUGUUCGAUAGCUGGAUAUGCUAUGGAGACAUCAUGUCAUUCGGGGCAAGUAUGCGUAUACGACGUAGUAAAAGAUAAAGGUUGGCAUGUUAAUAUGUUUAAUCAUAGAAUCCACACAGUGAUAGAUCAGAUUUUAGUUGUAUAUAAUGAGACAGCAGAAUGUGUUGUACCUGAGCCUUGUGUCGAUUGUUACAAUUGGGAUUUUUGGCCUGAUCGUAACCACAAGAAAAUUACUACUACAGAAGUCAGUACAACAACAGCAGAACAUUCAACAUCUGUAUGCAUUGGAAGAAACUGGCUUGGCAUAUGUACUGCUUGGGCCACCGUUCCAGACACAGAGAUAUCUAGUGAGACGGCAAUCCCGUCCGCUACAAAAGCAGAUAUUAGGAUGAAUACAUUAACGAGACAUUCGUGA